AGGAUGCCGCACUGUUAAUCUAUGUGGAUUAAAACAUGAAUGGCCCUACAUGUUGACCAAAACAACCCGAUAGUAAAACACCUCUUAUCACUUCAGAUGAUGUUGUUUCUAGUUGUAAAGCCGCCUUUCCCUCAUUCAACGUCUCUGUUUACGCAUGUUUUGUGUUGCUAAGCAACGGGUGAACACGACAAGGGCUGGGAAUGAACACAAACCGCUCCGAAGAAAUUUUUCGGGAAAACUUUCAAUGAAUUAGUGUUUUUUAAAUGACAGCCCUGUUGGUCUUUCAGGCAUAUAUAUAUUUAAAUUUUAUAUGAUCUAUGUGUAUUUUUUUAAAUAGAAGAAAGUAUAUUUCUGCAGACUUUUCUGCUGGAUUUAAAAUGGCAUCAAGCUGUGGCUCACUUGUGAAGGAAGCCAUCGUGCUACUGGAUCAGUUCAGAGCUGGCAGACAAUGUCUGGAUGACUUUAUAGAAGGUGCUCAGAAGGAUCUACAGGAUGUGGAUGCUCUGCAGAAGAAGUUCAUACUUAAUGUUGUCUCUGGAUGUAUUGAGCACAAAAAGUUGCUGGAUGUAGUUAUCAGUGCCUUCUAUGAGCGGAAUGGGAAAUGGUUGUCCAGAGGUGAUGACAGUCAGUUUGUCAUUAUCUGUUACCUCGCCACAUUUACUCUUGAUGACCUUGGACUUCAGAAAUUCAGCAGCAUUGUCAGAUCUCUGGACAUCAAGAAGAUGCACACAUUCUUGACUUUCUUCUUCUCAAACCUCACCACGUGGAUACAAGAGAAGUGGAGUAGCAUUUAUGAUGCUGCCUUUGUGGAGAAACACUGGAUUGGCCCUCUGCUCAGAUGGCGCCCUGAGAUCGAUAUUCUCAUGGACCAACUUGCUGUCAAAAUAUCUCAAAAGAAUCAAAUCAAGAAAGCUCCAAUCAAAACCACUGAUACACAGGAGUUCUCUCUCAGCAACCCUAAACCUCGACCUCUGCCUCCGCCUGAGAUCAUCCCACAGCAUCAAAUAUACAAACCAGUACCAAACAGCACCUACAGCCCUCCGAAGGAGAUGCAGAUAAUAGAGGAGAUCAAAGAGAAGAACCAUCAAAAGGCUGAGGAACAUCUGUAUGAGGCAAACAUGAAACAGUUCAGAUGUGCAAAUCCACACAAGUCUGAACACACAAAGAGAGUGAUGUCCCAGAUUGAGGAAGACCUUGAAUCAAAGCUCAGGUUUAAUUCAUUUCACUCUUCUGCAGCUCCUUCUACUAAUAAGACUAACAGCAGUCCCAUCAAGCUCAACAAAGCAGCCAUCCUGAGGAGGGAGGCGCUCGUUGACCGUCAGGUGGAAGAGGAGCUGCAGAGACUGGAGCGCCUGGUGCGAGGAGACCGUGAGCAGAAUGUCCUGGAUCAGACGGACCCGUCUUUCCUGCGGUGCCAGAUGGAGCGCAGACACCUGGAGGGACGCAUCACUGAGGAGGAGAUCGCUCUGGCCCGCCAACGAAUCACGGAGCGCAACAAGAAGGCCGCACAGCUGAAGAAAGAAGAGACUGCUCAGCUGAUGCGAAGAUAUGCAGAGAAAAGGCUGCAGGAGGAGAAAGCACUGAGAGAUCUGGUGCAACAAGUAAUAGAAGGACACAAGAAUUCAAAAACAGCCAAAGAGAAGCUGCAGAAAUUAAAGCAAAGCAUAGUGAAAGAAGUCUCAGAAGAAAGUCAGGAGCUCCUUCGUCAGGCCCUGGAGGAGGCACAGGCAGAGAUGAGCAGAAAAUUUGAAAUCAUACGAGAGAUUCACGCCAUUGAAUCGGUCCCUCAUAUUAGAGUCAAGAAUUUUGAUAACACAGAGACUGCAGGCCAUGAUCUGCUGGGAGAGAUGUCUCUGGUCGAGCUGAAGGAGCGUCUGAACCUUCUGAGGGAGGCACAGCAAAGAGAGCAAGAUGAGAAACGCAGAUCAAUCCUGGAGGAGAAGCAGAAAGAGAAGCAGCAGCUGCAGGAGAGGCUGGAAACCAUCGACCUCCACGGGAGAGCGCUGGCACGAGCUGCUGCCAUCAGGAAAGAGGAGAGGAAGGCCAAGCUGGAGUCCAUCAAGAAGGCGGUGGCUCAAGAUGAGACACUUUUGGAGCUGCGGAAGAAGCUUGAAUUGAAAAAGCAAGAGCGGCAAAGACUGAAGCAAAGUGAAAGCAGCAAGGCCAGAACCUGUAAACAGACCAAGGCUCACACUGUUAGCAACACAGAGAGGCACAACCAAAGAAGUUUAAAGGAGAAAAGCUGGGAGGAGCUGGAGCAGAGCUUAGCACGAUACAUCCAGGAGGCUUCUUAGAAAGCUUCAAAGAGGGAAACACUGAGGAAUAAAUAUAUGCAAAAUGCUUCACAAUGCUACGACUGUUCAAUUUAAAGGAUUAAAUAAAGAGAAUAAUUAGCGUUUCAUUGUUUGUUGCAAAUUACAUUGACAAAGGCUCCAUUAAAGCAGCUUGAACAAUG